AUGGCGGAGUGUUUGCGCGCAACGAGCGCGCUGAUCGUGCGCGACCCACGGUGCGCGCAAGCGGACAAUGACCGGUUUCUCGAUAUGAUGGAGUCGUACUUCGCGCAGCCCAAGACGACCAAGCUCGCGCACUCGCGGCCCGAGCUGCACUAUCAGGUGGGCGUGACCCCCGAGGGCGUGGAGAUGCCGCAGAGCGCGCUGGACGAGGCGGUGAAGGCGCGCAUGGCGCAACUCCCCGCGGACAGCCGCCCCCACGCGCCCUCCGGGCCCGACUGCAAGUGGCGGUUCAUGUGGCGCGUCGGGCCCCGGCCCGCGCGCACCAGAUACCAGGAGCUGAACGCCAGUCCGGUGGUGCCGGAGGGGUUCCCGCAGUGGGCUUCGGUGAUGGAUGGGUGGGGAUGCAAGAUGACUGCUGCAGUGGAGGCAGUGGCUGAGAUGCUGGCAAUCGGAUUUGAUCUUCCACAGGACUCGUUCACCUCUCGCAUGCACAUGGGCCCACACCUGCUGGCCCCCACAGGCAGCGACCUGGGAGAGCAUGGCUCCCCUGGAACAGUCCUGGCGGGGUAUCAUGCAGAUCUCAACUUCCUCACCAUCCACGGACGGUGCAGAUUCCCCGGCCUACGUAUCUGGCUGAGGGAUGGCACCUGCUGCCGUGUCUCGGUGCCUGACGGCUGCCUGCUGCUUCAAGCAGGGAAACAGAUGGAAUGGCUGACGGGAGGAGAGGUGGCGGCGGGAAUGCAUGAGGUGGUGGUGGAUGAGGGCACAGUGGCGGCGGUGCAGAGAGCACAGCAGCAGGGGCGCAGCCUCUGGCGAGUCUCCAGUACGGUUUUUGCACACAUAGCAUCAGAUGAGAUCCUCACGCCCAUUUGGCACUUCGCCGCUAGCAAACUGGCAUCUAGCUUUCCACCCAAGCCUGCUGGAGAGUUUGUGGAGGAGGAACUAGCAGCCAUUCAGUUAAAAACCUCCAGCGGGGGUGGCUGA